CCCAGCAGCUCCCCUUCAAGGAGAGCACCGGCAGGAUGAUCAGGAGGAAAUCGAGCAGCACAAAGCGCCUCUCUCCCGCCCCCAGCACCCAAACCUCCUACUACAGCGAGUCCCUGAUGAGCGAGUCCUACCUGGGGGGCAGCCGGGGCCUUGCCGCCCUGGGCAGCUCCAUGCUGGAUGAUGCCCUGGACAGCAGCAUGUACUGGGGUGGGGAGCUCUCCACCAGGAGGAGAAGAGGCACAGGGGACACAGAGUCCAGUAAGAUCAACGGGCUGCUGGAGAGCAAGACGUAUGACACCUAUGCCUCUUCGUCUGGGUACUCCUCAGAAGAUGACUACGCCGGUCACUUUUACUCAGGCCAGAGUAGCUCCGGGUCAGGGCUGAGGACUGCAGCCUCCCGGGUGGGCUCCUUCCUCUGGCAAGUGCUCACUUCCCCGGUUCGGUUCGUGGGCUGGGUGUUCUCUGGGCUGGCAGCUGCCUGGCACCGCCUCACCGGCAUGGCUCCCCACCUGGGCGGCAUCCCCUUUUCCAGGCGCUACCCACGGCUGAAGAGGUCCCUGCUUCUGCUGCUGCUGCUCCUCCUCCUCGCUGCUGCCGCCUACGGAGCUUGGUACUUCUACCCGUAUGGGCUGUCGACACUCAGCCUCCCCGCCUUCCCGUGGUGGGGAGCUGGAAAGCUUUCCUCCUCCGAAGUACCUGGGGCAGGGGAUCUGACCACGCUGGACCCGGGGCUGCGGGGGGAGCACCGUCUCCUGGCUCGCUUCCAGGCCCUGGAGAAGCGCUUCGAGGCGCUGGAGGCUGCGGUGACAAGGUGGGAGCUGCAGCGGGGGGCAGCAGCGGUGGCAGCAGGAGGAGAGCCACCCCCAGGGGAUGUCCUAGCGCUGCUGGAGGGGCUGGUGAGCCGCCGGGAUGCGGGGCUGAAGGAGCAUCUCCGCACUGAUGUGACCAGCCACCUCCAGGGCGAGCUGGAUGCCCUCCGAGCCCAGGUGCAGAGGGAUUUAGAUAGGCGUCUUGGGAAGAUGGCACAAGCCUCUCAGGAGAUGGAGGCACGCUUGCUGGAGCUGAACUCGGAGUGGCAGAGCUCAGCACAGGAGGGCCUGCGAGGGAGCUUCCAGCAGGAGGUGGGCAAGCUGGAGCAGGAGGUGGCAGCGCUGAGGAGGGAGCUGGCCAGCCUCAAGUUGGACCAGGAGGUGAUGGGGAAGCACGUGGAGGGGAUGCUGGAGCAGCUGAAGGCGGUGCGGGCUGAUGUGGAAGCACAGUUCCCAGCGUGGGUCAGCCGGUUCCUGUCGCAGCCCCAGCAGGACGGCGCCACCAGCCUUGUCCUCCAGCGGGAAGAUUUGCAAGCAGAGCUCCAGGCCCUGGAGCGCAAGAUCCUGGCCAAAGUUCUGGAGGACCGGAGGCUGUCGGCACGGGAUGCUCAGGCCGGCAUUGGAGUGGCCCUGCGGCAAGGGGGGACCACAGGGGUGACAGAGGAGCAAGUGCAUCUCAUCGUGGGUCAAGCCCUGAAGCGCUACAGUGAGGACCGCGUGGGGAUGGUUGACUACGCUCUGGAGUCGGCAGGGGCCAGCGUCAUCAACACCCGCUGCUCGGAGACCUACGAGACACGGACGGCGCUGCUGAGCUUGUUUGGCAUCCCGCUGUGGUACCACUCGCAGUCCCCCCGUGUCAUCCUGCAGCCAGACGUCAACCCUGGGAACUGCUGGGCGUUUUGCGGGUCCCAGGGCUUUGCCGUCAUCCGCCUCUCUGGCACCAUCCGCCCCACGGCUGUGACACUGGAGCACAUCCCGAAAGCCCUCUCGCCCCAGGGGACCAUCCCCAGUGCCCCCAAGGACUUCGCUGUCUAUGGCUUGAAGGAGGAGCGAGAGGAGGAGGGCCUUCUCCUAGGGCAGUUUACCUACAACCAUGACGGUGACCCCAUCCAAACAUUUUACUUGGAGGGUGAUGCUGUGGGCAUGUACCAGCUGGUGGAGCUCCGGGUGCUGAGCAAUUGGGGCCACCCUGAAUAUACCUGCAUCUACCGCUUCCGUGUGCACGGGGAGCCGGCACACUGAUCCCUGGCUCCCAUGCAGGACGAGGAUGCUGCCGGGCCGACAGCAGGAGGGGAUUUGUCCGGUUUGCUGCUUCGCACGUAGAAAUCCUGGGAUGCGCCAGCAGCCGCCCUGGGAAGCUUCUCCCCUCUGGGGAGAAGAGCUGGUGUUUAAGGGGCAAGGCUUUCACUCUUCCAAGGACCGGGGUGGUGAGGCAAGAGCAUCCCAUGUGGGUCCUAGCGCAGCCUGGCUUGUUUUCAGUGCGUAUUGGACAUUUUAACUUUUUUAAGCUAAUUUUUAAUCAGGUCUGCGCAGCCCCCUGUCCCCGUUGCCCCGCUCCUCUCUGACA